AUGAGAGAGUACAAGAUCGUCGUCUUGGGAAGCGGCGGUGUCGGCAAAAGUGCCCUUACCGUCCAAUUUGUGCAAGGCAUUUUUGUCGAGAAGUACGAUCCUACAAUUGAAGACAGUUACCGAAAACAAGUGGAAGUCGAUGGGCAACAGUGUAUGCUGGAAAUUCUAGACACAGCUGGAACGGAGCAAUUCACUGCAAUGCGAGAUUUGUAUAUGAAAAAUGGCCAAGGUUUUGUUUUAGUAUACUCAAUAACUGCGCAAUCCACUUUCAACGAUCUUCAAGAUCUCCGUGAGCAAAUUCUUCGCGUGAAGGACACGGACGACGUGCCAAUGAUUUUAGUUGGCAAUAAGUGCGAUCUUGAAGAGGAACGAGUUGUGGGAAAAGAUCAAGGAAGCAAUCUUGCUCGUUCCUUUAACAACUGUGCUUUUUUGGAGUCAUCUGCGAAAGCAAAGAUCAAUGUCAAUGAAAUAUUCUAUGAUCUUGUUAGGCAAAUUAACCGUAAGAAUCCUGAAAAGAAGACAAAACCACCGCGAAAAAGCAAGUGUGCCAUUCUCUAA